AUGGCCGCUGAGAACCAGCGAGAUGGGAAGCCAGAUCCUAUCUUGCUGUCGUUAUUUGCCAACAGGUUCAUGUCAGUUGCAGAGGCUAUGGGACGAAGCUUACAACAAACUUCCAUCAGUACCAAUAUCAAAGAAAGGCUGGAUUACUCAUGCGCGAUUUUUGCACCCAACGGAGAUUUAGUGGCGAAUGCGCCACACCUACCCGUCCAUCUCGGCUCGAUGUCAUUCGCGGUCCGGUAUCAAAUCCAACAUCUUCAAGGACAAAUAUUCUCUGGAGAUGUUAUCAUGGCUAACCACCCACAAGCUGGAGGAAGUCAUCUACCGGAUAUCACAUUGAUCACACCUGUUUUUAAUGAACAAGACUUGGUAUUUUUCACCGCCAGUCGAGCACAUCAUGCGGAUAUUGGCGGGAUCUUGCCAGGGUCAAUGCCGCCAACAUCGACCACGAUCUUCGAAGAAGGAGCACAAAUCAAAUCAUUCAAGAUUGUAUCCAAAGGGCAAUAUAAUCAAGCAGAAUUGAAGAAGUAUCUGGUCGACGAACCUGCAAAGUAUGAUGGCUGCUCAGGUACACGAUGUUUUGGCGAUGUUGAAAGUGAUCUCAAAGCCCAGAUUGCGGCCAAUAACAAAGGUGUUGGUCUAAUUUACCUGUUGAUAGAUGAAUAUGGCCUGGAAACCGUGCAAGCUUACAUGGCUCAUAUUCGAGACAAUGCCGAGUUGGCAGUCAGGAAUUUGUUGAAACAAGUAGUGAAGGAAAGAGGAUCGAAACAGCUGCAUGCCAUCGAAUACCUGGACGACGGUACACCGAUCGAACUGACUGUUACUAUAGAUGACCAAGACGGGUCGGCAAUCUUUGAUUUUAAUGGGACUGGCCAUGAGAUGAUUGGCAACUUGAACACCCCAAAGAGUGUGACAUAUUCGACUAUUAUAUACUGUCUCCGAGCGAUGGUUGAUCUAGAUAUCCCCCUAAACCAGGGAUGUCUAGUGCCUAUCGAGGUCAGGAUCCCGCCCAACUGUUUCCUCGACCCAUCCGAUACGGCAGCAGUCGUCGGGGGGAAUGUGGAAUCAAGUCAAGUGAUCACCGGGGUGAUCUUGAAAGCAUUUAAAGCGAGUGCUGCUAGCCAAAGUACUUGCAAUAACUUGACAUUUGGUCAAGGGGGCAAGGACAAGGAUGGAAAUCAUGUUGCUGGCUGGGGCUAUUAUGAGACGAUUGCUGGCGGGAGUGGCGCUGGUCCUUCAUGGCAUGGCACCCAUGGAGUCCACACGCACAUGACAAACACGCGAAUCACUGAUCCUGAAAUUUUGGAAAGGAGAUAUCCAGUGAUCUUACACCAAUUCUCCUUACGCCAAGGAUCGGGUGGGAGUGGUCAGUAUUGUGGUGGAGAAGGGGUUGUUCGGGAAAUCGAAUUUGUCGAACCGAUUCAAUGCUCGAUUCUUUCGGAGAGGAGGGUGCAAAGGCCGUACGGAUUGGAGGGUGGAGAAGCAGGCCAACCAGGCAUGAACGUAUGGAUCAAAAAGCGGCGCGUCGAAGAUGGAGAUCUAGAUGAAAGCCGAUCCGAUGGUGUCGAUGACUAUCGCAUCAUCUCUCUUGGUGGCAAAAAAACAGUGAUGAUGGGCAAACACGAUCGCAUUCGUAUCUUGACUCCCGGCGGGGGCGGGUGGGGUGUCAGGCAGGCCGACCAAGAAGCCACUAAGCAUCCUUCUGCUGAUCGCUUGAUCAACCAGCUGCGUGGUAGCUUGAAAGACCGCCACGAUUCCGCCCAUUCAUCGUGA